CCCAGAACCAGAAUGCCCAAGAACAAAGGAAAGGGUGGUAAGAACCGCCGUCGCGGAAAAAAUGAGAACGAGAAUGAAAAGCGUGAAUUGACCUACGCCGAGGAAGGUCAGAUUUACGCUCAAGUUACCAGAAUGCUUGGUAACGGUCGGAUUGAGGCAGCUUGCUUCGACGGUGUGAAGCGCUUAGGUCACAUUCGUGGUAAAUUGAGGAAGAAGGUUUGGAUUAACCAAGGUGACAUUAUUUUAUUGUCUCUUCGUGAAUUCCAAGACGAGAAAGGUGAUGUGAUCUUGAAAUACACCGCUGAUGAAGCUCGUACUCUUAAGAACCAAGGCGAGUUGCCCGAAACUGCCAAGAUUAAUGAGACCGACUUUGGUGUUGAAGGAGAAGACGAUCUUGACUUUGAAUUUGAUGUUGAUGCUAUUUAAAUUCACUGAAAAAAAUUUUAUGGUGCACUUGGAGAUGUGGUGAAAUAAAGACGAUGGACUAAAUUUUAUAAAAAUGCUUGUUUUUUAUUUCUUCCAUGUUUUCUUUUGGUGUAUGUGGUUUCUUGGUUUUUCUUUUUAUUAUUUACUAGAAAAAAAGUAAAAAUCCCUCCUAUGACCGAAA